AUGGCCCCUUCAGCUACUAAUGGCGAUGCAAUUGCAGUGCUUGAGGAAAUAAAAGCGCCUGCAGGUGUUGUGCUGCCUCCAAGAGAGAUUAAAGCUAUCCUUGAAAAGACGGCAGGAUACGUGGCGCGAAACGGCAAUGUCUUUGAGGAUCGUAUUCGAGAGAAGGAGAAGCAUAACCCGAAGUUCUCCUUCCUCAGCCCAAACGACUCAUACAAUGCAUAUUACCUAUGGCGACUCAGCGAGAUCAAGGAAGGUAGAGGCACUGCUGUGGCAGCUGGUAGAGCUGGAGAAGCAGAAGUAGAACCCGAGAAGCCUCAAGGACCACCAGAGCCUCCCGAAUUCCACUUCUCUGCACGCAUGCCAAAUAUCAGUGCGCAAGAUUUGGAGGUUGUGCGAUUGACGGCGCUAUUCGUGGCGAAGAACGGAAGACAAUUCAUGACGACUCUUUCGCAAAGGGAGACGGGGAAUUAUCAGUUUGAUUUCUUGCGCCCGAAUCAUACCCUUCACAGCUUCUUCCAGAGAUUGAUCGAUCAAUAUACGAUGCUGCUGAGAGCAGGCGGAAUGGAUGGAGAAGGUGGAAAGCUACAACAAUUGCGAAUCAAGGAGCUGCAAGCUAAUGUGGACGAUAAAUUUCACGUUCUGGGCCGGGCGAAGCAGAGGGCGGAAUGGUUCAAGUUUCAGGAUGAGCAGAAGGCGAAAAAGGAGGAAGAAGCCGAGAAGGAGAAGACUUCGUAUCAACAGAUUGACUGGCAUGACUUUGUGGUUGUCGAGACGGUGGUUUUCACGGAAGCAGAUGACCAAGCACAUCUCCCGCCUCCAACAUCUCUCUCGGAGCUUCAAUUUGCUUCCCUGGAUCAGAAGGCUAUGAUGUCCGUCAGUUCUCACAACAUGCGGAUCGAGGAAGCUAUGCCGGAAGAUACAGACUACUACAACUCAUACCCACAACAGCCACAGCAAAUGGCUCCUCCACCAAUACCUCAACCUACCUACCAACCACAAUACCAAGAUCUUCAAAUGCGGAACACGGAUGAAGAAGACGAAGAAGAGCAGCGCAUCCGCGAGAGAACCGAGGCGAGACAACGUGCUCAGCAAGCACAAGCUGAAGCGAAGGCCGUUGCCGCACCGAUGAAAAUCAAGGAGAACUACGUACCGAGAGCAGCUGCUAGAGCUGCGAACAAGCAGAAUAUGGUCUUGUGUCCAAAUUGUAGGACACAGAUGCCCGCGAAUGAGCUUGAGGAACACAUGAGAAUCGAGCUUCUUGAUCCUCGCUGGAAGGAGCAGAAAGCAAAGGCAGAUAGCCGCUAUGCUACAACCAACCUGUCCACCCAGGAUGUUGCCAAUAACCUCAAGCGUCUCGCUAGCCAACGUAGUGAUCUUUUCGAUGGCGUGACCGGUCAACCCAUCAUCUCAGAAGAGGAAAUUGCGAGGAGGAAGAAGGCAGCUACUAGUUACGAUGGUGUUGCUCCAGAAAAGGGUGACCGUCGCUUGGAUAUGAUGCAGAAUGUCAACGUUGAGGAGCAGAUCCGAGCUAUUCAUCAGAAAUUUGGAGAUAAGAAAUAG